GGCUGUGCGGGCGGGGGCGGGCUGUCGUGAGGUGAACGGGGACAUCGGCUGUGAGCUGCUGCAGCCCCAUGGCGACCUACUUGGAGUUCAUUCAGCAGAAUGAGGAGCGCGACGGCGUGCGCUUCAGCUGGAACGUGUGGCCGUCCAGCAGGCUGGAGGCUACGAGGAUGGUGGUGCCGCUCGCCUGCCUGCUCACCCCGCUAAGGGAGCGCCCCGACCUGCCGCCCGUGCAGUACGAGCCCGUGCUGUGCAGCAGGAACACAUGCAAGGCCGUGCUCAACCCGCUAUGCCAAGUUGACUAUCGGGCCAAGCUCUGGGCCUGUAAUUUCUGCUUUCAGAGAAAUCAGUUCCCUCCAGCAUAUGCAGGCAUAUCUGAAGUCAACCAACCAGCUGAACUUAUGCCUCAGUUUUCAACAAUCGAAUAUAUAGUGCAGCGAGGCCCACAGACUCCAUUGAUCUUCCUGUAUGUUGUCGACACGUGCUUGGAAGAGGAGGACUUGCAGGCGCUGAAGGAGUCCCUCCAGAUGUCCCUAAGUCUGCUGCCUGCUGACGCUCUAGUGGGGCUCAUCACAUUUGGCAGAAUGAUCCAGGUUCACGAGCUGAGCUGUGAAGGGAUUUCUAAGAGCUACGUGUUUAGAGGCACUAAGGACCUGACAGCUAAGCAGAUACAGGAUAUGCUUGGUCUUUCAAGGCCGGCUGUUCCUAUUCAACAGGGAAGGCCUCUUCAAGCUCCAGAGCAGCCUGUUAUUUCGAGCAGGUUCUUGCAGCCAGUACAUAAGAUUGAUAUGAAUCUAACAGAUCUCCUUGGAGAACUUCAAAGGGACCCGUGGCCAGUGACCCAAGGAAAGAGGCCUUUGCGUUCCACUGGAGUAGCUCUUUCGAUUGCAGUUGGCUUGCUAGAGGGCACGUUUCCAAACACAGGAGCCAGAAUAAUGCUAUUUACAGGUGGUCCGCCAACACAGGGACCAGGCAUGGUGGUGGGAGAUGAAUUGAAAACACCCAUUCGUUCUUGGCAUGACAUAGAGAAGGACAACGCGAGGUUCAUGAAGAAGGCCACCAAGCACUAUGAGACUCUGGCCAAUCGCACUGCCACCAAUGGGCACUGCAUUGACAUCUAUGCCUGCGCCCUGGAUCAGACUGGACUGCUAGAGAUGAAAUGUUGUGCAAACCUCACUGGAGGACACAUGGUGAUGGGAGAUUCCUUCAACACUUCUCUCUUCAAGCAGACCUUCCAGCGGGUGUUCAACAAAGGGCUCAAUGGGGAAUUUCGGAUGGCUUUUGGUGCAAAUUUGGAAGUGAAGACAUCCAGGGAGCUGAAAAUUGCAGGAGCUAUUGGACCGUGUGUAUCCCUGAACGUGAAAGGACCCUGUGUUUCUGAAAAUGAACUUGGAAUUGGAGGAACAUCUCAGUGGAAAAUUUGUGGUCUGGAUCCCUGCACAACUCUGGCCAUUUACUUUGAAGUGGUAAAUCAGCACAAUGCACCGAUACCUCAGGGAGGCCGAGGGGCUGUACAGUUUGUCACUCAGUAUCAACACUCCAGCACACAGAAGCGUAUUCGUGUCACCACCAUAGCCAGAAACUGGGCAGAUGCACAAAGUCAGCUUCAGCACAUAGAAGCUGCGUUUGACCAGGAAGCAGCUGCUGUGCUGAUGGCGCGGCUGGGAGUGUACAGAGCUGAGUCUGAGGAGGGACCUGAUGUGCUGCGAUGGCUGGACAGGCAGCUGAUCAGACUGUGUCAGAAAUUUGGACAGUACAACAAGGAUGAUCCCAACUCCUUCAGAUUGUCGGAAUCAUUUUCUUUGUAUCCCCAGUUCAUGUUCCAUUUGCGACGCUCGCCAUUCCUGCAGGUCUUCAAUAACAGUCCAGAUGAGAGCUCAUACUACCGUCACCAUUUUAUGCGUCAGGAUCUAACACAGUCGCUUAUCAUGGUUCAGCCCAUUCUCUAUGCUUACUCCUUCAAUGGACCUCCAGAGGUAAGUGUUUAACAGAGAGAAGUGAAUCAAACCAAAGUAAAGAGCAUUCAGUCGGGAUAACAUUAGUUCAUAAAAAGGUUCUUGUCUAUUAGUUUUUCUUAGUUAAGUAAUUACUAGCAAUGAGGCAAUGUACAAUACAAGUUAUAUUUUCAGUAGGCAUAUGGCUCUCUGAAACAUUUGUAUGUCAAGCAGCCCUUGACAGACACGACACUCCUCUGUACAUGCGAGGCUGAGCAAGUUGUUCCCCUGAACUGUAAAGUUAAUAUUGUUUUGAGCUUUUAAUGACGAUUGACCUCUAUUUUCCUUAGCCAGUGCUUCUGGACAGCAGCAGCAUUCUUCCUGACAGAAUCCUACUGAUGGAUACUUUCUUCCAGAUAGUUAUCUACCUUGGUGAGACUAUUGCACAGUGGCAGAAAGCUGGUUACCAAGACAUGCCUGAAUAUGAAAACUUCAAGCACCUGCUGCAAGCUCCACUGGAUGAUGCCCAGGAAAUCUUGCAGACCAGAUUCCCAAUGCCACGUUAUGUCCACACUGAACAUGGGGGCAGUCAGGCCCGAUUCCUGUUGUCUAAAGUGAAUCCUUCUCAGACCCACAAUAACCUCUAUGCAUGGGGACAGGAAUCAGGAGCCCCAAUCCUGACGGAUGAUGUCAGCCUGCAGGUGUUCAUGGACCACCUCAAGAAGCUGGCUGUAUCCAGUGCGGCGUGACUUGAUGGAACCCAGAAGCACAAAUGGGAUCGUUACUUAUAUAUCAGUGAUGAUGGGAGAGGAACGAUUUAUUUACAUUUCUUUUUAGACUGAGGUUUUUAAGUAUUAAAUGAAAUAAAUACACGGGGAGAGCUUAGUACUUUACCCUUCUAGAUACUAAUUUAUUUGUAUUCCUUUUUAUCUCUGUUGUUUACACUGCUUUUCUCAUACCGUAUCAGGAGCCAAAGUAUGUUUUAUGUGGUGUAGCUUAAUCCGUGAUGAUCUGUGGGCUGAGGUGGUGGCUUUAGGCAACCUGGGGCUGAAUCAGUGGUGAAUAAAACUGGCUAAGAAAGGCGUUAACACUGAGUGCUGGUCCCCACUGAGCUGUGUCAGUGCAGAACACUCCUGUCUCUUGGUAAGGCCGAGGCCUCAGCGUGCCGCCAUCUUCCUCUUCCUUCCCUCAGCUUGGGCGCAUGCGCGACCCCACACACAGCCCGCCGCCAUCUUCCCGCCCUCCUAGCGGCAGCCCGGCGCACGGCAGGCCAUGAGGGCGGUGCGGGCGGCGGUGUGGAAGGCGCGCUGGGCGCUGCUGUACUCCAUAGGCGGCUGGACCAUGCUGGGCGGCAUGCUGCACUACAGCUACUACCACAGCGGAACAGCCGAGGACGGCUGCGGGCACGGUACGGGACGAGAACAAAAGCGAUGAUGAAGAGCGCUCCAGAAGUGUGGUGGUUACAAAUGCACCCCUAGGGAUCCAGGUGACCACGGUAACGACGUACCACAAGGAGCUGCCUCCUCUGACGCGGUUUCUCCGCCGUGUAACAGCCUAUUUCACUGCCGGCAGCGGCCCGCCCCCUUCUGAGGGCUGAGCACUCGGGACAUGGAGCCUUGUGCUGCAGAGCGGAGCCUGAGCGUGUGUCCAUCGCCUGGUACCGCCCCGUUGGCUGGAGAGGUUCAGUUGCACUGUUGGAACAGCAGCUCAAUGGCUGAAAUUCCUCUGCACAACUCGCAGGCUUCUUGUCCGUUCACAUCAAUGCUGUUCUUUGCACACGUACUCAUUAAAUGUGAACUAGGUGCA